AUGACACCUAUUGCAACCGCGUCGGCCCACACCGUUAGCAUCAAAUUGAGAGAGUGGAUCAGACGCUACGGCAUCCCGCGUACCAUACAUUCCGACCAAGGUGCUUGCUAUACGAGCACGACGUUUAACGAAUUGUGUGCUAAGUAUGGGAUCCGGUACACUGUCUCUUCAGCCUACCACCCGCAAGCUAAUGGCUCAGUUGAGCGGCUGAACCGUUCUAUAGGAACAACUCUGGCAAAAGUCGUUCACCACUCUCAAACCGACUGGCCAGAUCGACUACCAGAAGUACAGUUGGCAUACAACUCUGCCAAGCACGACACGAUUAAUGCGUCUCCGUUUCGCAUCAUUUUAAACAGGGAGCCCGCACAAUUACAGAUUCCUUGGCGGACCAUCUCCAAUCCACACCUCAAACAGAUAUACAGCAGUCACAAGAACGAAACGUUCUCAGAUCUACAAAAUUUGAAUGCAAGUUCAAUUGUGUCAAACCCAGGAGAUCAAAGUGAAACUCCCUGUGUAGUAACUCAGCUAUUAGAACAAAGAAAGGCUACUUCGCGCUACUUUACAACCAGAGCACGACGUGACCACAAGGCUCGUAUCAACGAUGUACCAUUAUACUACAAUAUCUCCUUUCCUUAG